UAUGCAGCAUAAUGUAUAUUGCGAUCAUUCCCCAGUCUUUUAGUCACUCUCGGUCAGAGCCACACAAGUGCCACAUCUCACGUAUUAAAAGUGACUUCCCCUGACAGACACCUUAAAUCAAGUCUGGCACACCUCCAUAGCCAAAUACAACUAAGCCUGAAAAGAACGUAACCAAGACUAUCAUCACCAUGUACUGUCACGGAGUCGCCACCACCACCCUCGCCUUCUCCCUCGCCUUCCUAGCCUCCGUCAGCGCUGUCCCUACUAUGUUCGUGGCGUAUAAUGGUGGUGAGAAUUCUGGCCAGCCCACUACCCUCCACUGUGUACCCAACACUGAUGGCGCCACACCCUCCUUCACGUGCCGCCCCUUGAGCCAAGAACCCGCUCCACAAGGUCCCGACAGCCCCAUCGUCGAGGAGGUGGAGGAGGAAGAGUCGACGUCCCCAGGCCAGGUGGGGAACGAGGAGGACCAGAUGGACGACGAGGCAUUGCAUUACCCAGGGAGGUCCCGGGAGCACGUCAACAUUCAGGGAUGUGGACCCCACAUGGUGUACGUCGCCGAGCUGAACAUGUGUGAAGAAGUUGUGCACCACCUGAUACCACCUACCAUGAGUGACCCUCGUAUGGCCGUUUGGUUCAGCUGGUAUCAUUCACUACUCAGCCGAUCCAACAACCCCAGACCAACCUCAAAUUAACCCCAGGACCAGCUAGAGGUUGACCCAAGACCAGCUAGAGGUUAACCCAGGACCCCAAGACCCGCUAGAAGUUAACCUGAGACCCAAGACUAGCUUGAGGUUAACCUGAGACCAAGACCAGCUUGAGGUUAACCCGAGACCCAAGACCAGCUUGAGGUUAACCCGAGACCCAAGACCCGCUAGAGGUUAACCCGAGACCCAAGACCCGCUAGAGGUUAACCCGAGAC